AUGAAUAUUAUCAUCUGGAACUGUAGGGGAGCAGGUAAAAGCAGGCUCAAGAGCAUCUUAUCUGCGUACGUAAGAAAGCAUAGAGUGGAUAUUGUCAUUUUGCUGGAGACCAGGAUUAGUGGGCCUAAAGCCCAAAAUGUUAUUAAGAAAUUGGGGUUCAAGAAUUUCUUAGUAGAAGAGGCUAGAGGCUAUGCGGGUGGCAUAUGGGCCUUAUGGAACCAGCCCAACUUCACUAUCCAUCGGUUGGAGCAGAGUCAUCAGGUGAUCCACAUGAAAAUUGAGUGGAAUAACAAAGAGACAUUCAUUCUCUCUGCGGUGUAUGCUAGCCCCCAGCUAGACCAGAGAGCCAUUCUGUGGGAGGAUCUUCGCAAUUUCAGCAACUCAACCCGCGAUCCGUGGCUCAUUGCUGGCGACUUCAAUGAUAUCAUUGGCGCUCAUGAAAAGAAAGGAGGAGCUCCAGUUGAUCAGGCCAGGUGUCUCUCCUUCGCGAAGGCAGUGGAUGACUGCAAGCUUCUUGAUUUGGGGGCGGAUGGUCCUUAUUUCACCUGGAAGGGGCCUAAAUUCGCCCACUUGGAUAGAGUUUUCAAAAGGUUGGACAGAGCUAUGGCUAACGGUGAUUGGCUCGCGAGAUUCGAUAAGGCUACAGUGAAGACUCUUCCGAGAGUCUACUCGGACCAUAAUCCUCUGUUGAUCAAGCUUUUCUCGAAUCGUACUAGAUGGGAAGAGCGUCCGUUCCGUUUGUUUCCCCCUUGGCUGGACCAUCCAUCCUUCAAGCAGCUUCUUUCAGAGAACUGGAGUCACGACUUGAUGUCUCACAUUAACCUCCAACAGCUAGUUCCAGUGCUGAGAAAUUGGAACUCCAACACGUUUGGGAUCAUCAACCAGCGGAAAAACACCAUUUUACGCAGGCUCAACGGUAUCCAGAUCAGUCUAGAAACACGACAGUGUGAUUUCUUAGAAGAUCUGGAGUCUGUUCUUAGAAAAGAGCUGGAGGAGAUCCUCUCUCUGGAGGAGCUUCUCUGGUUCCAGAAGGCUAGAACUGACUGGAUAAAAGGGGGAGACCGGAACACGAAGUAUUAUCACACGCUAGCCAUAUCUAAAAGAAAGAGGAACAGGAUUGAGACUUUGAGGAAUGAGGCUGGCAUUUAG